CGAUAAUCUGUCAACGGUGUGUGUGUGUGUGUGUGAGUGCGUCAGCUGAGAGGCCGAGGCCCCCACCAUGGACCUCCUGCCGCAGUGUGCCAUAGUGGUCUUCUCUCUGCUCUGCGCCUCCACCUCGGCCGGGGAAUGGAGGACGCACGAGUACAUGAUCCGGGAGCACUCCUUGGUCAAGCCCUACCAAGGCAUGGGUACUAGUAUACCUUACUGGGACUUCCUCGGGACCACCAUGGUGACCAGUAACUAUAUCAGGCUAACUGGUGAUGUUCAGAGCCAGCGAGGGGCCAUCUGGAACACAGUGGGCUGCUACUUGAGGAACUGGGAGAUGCAGAUACAUUUCAAGGUUCACGGCCGAGGGAAGGACCUGUUUGGCGAUGGCUUUGCCUUCUGGUAUGUGAAGGAACCCAUGCAGCAAGGAGAAGUGUUUGGCAGCAAGGACUACUUCAGUGGCCUGGCAGUCAUCAUGGACACCUACAGCAACCACAAUGGACCGCACAAUCAUGGUCACCCCUACAUCUCUGCAAUGGUUAACAAUGGCAGCCUUCACUAUGACCAUGAUCGGGAUGGAACCCACACUCAGCUCUCUGCUGGCUGUGUGUCCAAGUUCAGGAACCUCGACCAUGAAAGCUUCAUUUCCAUCAAAUAUGUUCAUGACACACUAACAGUUUCCACGGACAUUGAUAACAAGCAGCAAUUCAAGAAUUGCUUUUCGGUUUCUGGAGUGAAGCUCCCAGUUGGCUACUUUUUGGGUGUGUCAGCAGCUACAGGUGAUCUCACAGACAAUCACGAUAUUAUCUCCCUCAAGAUGUUUGAUCUCUCCACACCAGAUGAUGACAUAUUAGAAGAGCGUGCUGACAUUAUGCCCUCUGCUUCAUUUUUUGAGGCUCCAAGGGACCACGUAGAAGACCCUAAACCCUCCUCGCUGAGCACAGGGAAGCAGGUGUUGCUGCUGGUGGUGGGUGUAAUUCUCAUCUGCGGAUGCGUUUUCAUAGGAGGACUCUUCUACACCAAACAACAGGAGCAGCAGCGCAAGAGAUUCUAUUAAGUGGUAUCUGCAGGUGUGUGUGUGUGUGUACACAUGCAUAAUGAUGUGCCUGCAUGCAUGCAUGUUCAUACCUACACACUUGUUUGUGUGUGGUGUAUGUUCUUGAUUGUGUAUUGUAUCCCUGACAUGUUUUUACCGCAAGUUUUCAAGUUAAAUUUUUCAUUCAUGAAAUUGUAACGCAAGAUAAAAUUAGGGAAGCCAGAACAGUCUUCUCUGACACUGCUGUUUGCAGGUGUUCACAUUUUAUAACAGGGUUUUGACCAUCCACAAGUUUCACAUUCUGGUGUACUACAUAUAUUUUGGACAGUUAGGAUGUGUGUGCAUAUUCCUUGGAAAAAGGGGGGAAAUUUGUGGUAAAUGGCACAUGCUUUAUUGUUUGAUCAGGGGGCAUGUAUAGUCUUGAAGAAAGUCUUGUAGAAAACUAGAUCUGUCAGAUGAAGAUCUCAUUGUCUGGUUUGUUGUGGUGUUGCCCAUUUGACAGUAUCAUAACUCAUUGGUAUACUGCAGUCAAACAGACCAGUAUGGUAAACAACUAGCAGGUAUUUAUCAGGAUAGCAAAUCAGGACUUCCCAACUCUUCAACCCAGAUAUUCUCAGUAACGGUGCUGUGAGUAUAGAAAACACUUAAUGUUCUUUUUAAUAUGUGCUAUGUGUUUUGCUUUGUUAUUAUUCCCCAACCUGCCUCUGAAUGAAAUAGGGUGAAGAUAUUUUAUUCUUUUUAUUCAGACAAAUCCAAUGGGCCCCUUCAUGGUAAGUCUCAAUGGAUGCAACCUACCUUUAAAAAUUGAGGGACAGGAAUACUUGUUGCUGUUGGACUGAUGAUAUUGGUCUAUAGUAAUGAAAACUGACACCUGGUACUAUUUAGUUCAAUAUAGAAAACAGAUUUAGAAACAUUCAUUUUGCAUAUAUAUGUAUAAAAAUGCCAUACCUUUGUACUCUAGUCUUUUCUGUACUUGUUCUGUGGAUUUUGCAGUCUUGUUCCUGUCAAGCAAAGAUUGACAAGUUUGGUUGCACAGGAAAAAAGAAUUGUUGCAGGGAAAAUGGAAUAUAAAAAAUGAGCACAUCAAGACUUGAACUUUAACAUUGCCUGAUACUGGACGGGUUGCUCAUCAUUAACUUUCUAGUGUGUUCAUCAUGAGAUUGUCCUGGCUGGUGCCUGCUUAUGAUGAAUAAACAAUGUCAAGGCUGUAAAACGUGUAGUAGAUUAGUGUUUUGGCACAGUAAUAUUCAGCCAGCGCACCAUGCCUUUAAAGUGCCAGUGUUUCUUCCAGUGCUCCUGUAUGGAUGUAAUACAGUGAGUGCAUCACCAUGAAAAGGAAAUUCUAGAAGAUAUUCUUCUAGCUUGCUUGGAAUUUUUAUUAUUACACUGAUUAACCUGCUGUCUAAUGCUAGCGUGAUGGAUGCAGGCCAAGUUCUAAGUAUUAAUUAUUUCAUAGUAGAUUCUUGGAACUGUUACAAAUGUAAAUUAUGAUAAUUUUGUAGUUACUGUAUAUACAGCUAUUCGAUGUCUUAGUAAGAUCUGGAAAUGGGGCAUUAGCUUGUUUUACACGAUGUAAAUGUAUGUAUGCUUCGGAAUCAUUAGCAUGAUUAGGCUAUCAUUUAUAUACAUAUCAUUAUCAUUCAUUUUUUACUGCAAGCAAAACUUACAGCAAUCUGCUUUUGAAAGUAUUGCUACAGUAUCUACAUGUGGGAGUCUCCUUUUUGAAGUCAUUCAGAGAAGAAAGUGUGAUAAUUGUAGGACUCCUAUUUUAAUCAUUUCAAAUGAGAUUAUUAAACUCACUGAUAAUUCUGUCCAUAAUUCAGUACUUUAAUAUCAAUAUAAUAUGAUAAAUAUUUGCCUGCCUCAUUAGAGAUGUGUGGAAUAUUUUUUUUAUCAUCCGUAUCAAAUGAGUUUCCUGCCAGUGGUCUGGAUGGAUGUUGUCGAGAUAGUUGCUGUGACUGUGUAUGCACAAUUUUAGAGAGAAUUUCAUCUCGUAAGGAAAAGCUAGCUAUGCAAAUACACUUGAAAGAGAG